AUGACGCUGCCUGUUUCCUUAGUGAUAGUUGACUACAACCAGAUGCCUGAGGAAAGUCACUUCAUUCUUUUCCUCAUUAUUGCUCUUUCUCCAGGUAUUGCAUCAGUGCUGGGCAAUGGCACAGUGUUGUUAGUCUACUGUCGGAAAAGAAAGAAGCUCAGACCACCAGAGCUCAUGACCAUCAACCUGGCUCUCUGUGACUUGGGAGGGCCAUUUUCCUUCAUUUCCAGUCUGUGUCAUGCCUGGGUGUUUGGGGAGACAGGGUGCCUUUGGUACGGCAUUCAGGGCUUUGUGUUUGGCAUUGGCUCUCUGCUCACCACCUGUCUCAUCUCUCUGGACCGUUGCCUGAAGAUCUGCUGCUUAAAAUAUGGCCAAUGGAUUGAGAGACGCCAUGUGUAUCUGUCCAUAGCGCUGGUGUGGGUUUACACAUUGUUCUGGGCCUUGCUGCCUGCUUUUGGCUUUGGAAGUUAUGGAGCAGAACCUUAUGGGACCAGCUGCACCAUCAACUGGUGGAAAAUGAGGUAAUCUCUAAAUGACAGAAUCUAUAUUUUCCUCAUCCUGGUAUUAUGCUUUGGAUUUCCUGCACUCACCAUCGUCGCUUCAUAUUUGGCUCCUUCUGAAGGUGAGAACAACAGCUGCUUCAUGACACAAAAAAGGAGGGUCUACAGAUCUAAUCACACUCACACUAGCAAAAACCUGAGACUUACAAAGAUGGCUGCUGUGGUGUGCACCACGUUCUUCCUGGCCUGGAUACCCUAUGCCACAGUGUCUCUGAUCUCUGCACUCAUAAGCAGAGAUGAACCAGAGGCAUCUUUACAGACUGUGGUGGAGGAGUCUACUGGUAUGGCCUCAAGCGCUCCAAAUGCUUCAAAGAUCCUGGACAUCCUCUCACUGUUUAACUGGACAGCUACAGAAUAUUACAGACAAAUCUACCAUAAUCCUGAGAGCAAGUGGAGUGAUGUGAACAACAUGAAUUCAGCCUCCAUCAUGCUUAGGUCCACCCUGGACAAAGAAGCCAUAUCAGUGACCCGGAGCCACCAGCCAUUCUCCUGUCUCCCACCUGUAGUCACCUUGAUUCCUGCUAUGUUUGCCAAGUCCCACAUCAUGGUCAACCCUUUAAUCUACCAGAUCAUGAACAAGGAGUUCAGGCAUGAUGUCUAUGUGAUGGUGUUUGGCCAAGAGAAGGCAGAGAGGAGGCAAAUUCAGGGGAGGAAGGAGAGCUUAUGUGAAAGGAGCUUCCGCCUCUACCACUGCCAGAGCUGGAAGAGGAAAAGGAGCAACCCCAUAUCCUUUUCUGUGGAAGGAGAAAACAGAAAUCUAAAGAAAGAGAAUAACCGAGGGAACAGGAGUGGAGGAAGAGGAACAGACUCCUGGGCAGAUAAUAACUCCGUAGGGGCUGAUGCAUUGGGCUUUUCCUCCUUUGACACCCGAGGCAACAGGGAGAGACACGGCAGCAUCAGCAGACGGAUAGAUAGAUAGAU